UGCUUUUGGUCAGUCUUCACCAAAGCUUGUUGGCAAGCAGACUGGCAAGUGUUCUCCUCCAGGGGGAAGACAGGUUCAAGCGCUUAAAAUGGUGAUGACUCAGCUGCACUAUGAAAACGAAGGUUAUGUGGAAGACACGGAGACGGGAGGGGAUUCAGAAAUCCUUAGGGUGGAAAAUAGAGACUCGCAUUCCUUCCAGGGUUCCUCUAAACUCGCCAGACAAGGGACUGCUUCUCGACUGGUCACUGCAAUUCAGAAAGGAAACACUGAAGAUGUCCAAAACAUUCUGGAUCAGGCUCCAGAGUGUAUCAGUAGCUCUGAUGGUGGACUGAGUCCAUUGCAUUUGUCAUGUCAUGCCAAGCAGCUGGACAUACUCGUGCUGUUAAUUGAGCGAGGUGCCAAGAUGACACUUCCUGACAACCAAGGCAAUUCUGUACUUCACACUGCAGUGAGGGAGAAAUGGUAUGAUGGCAUGAGAGAACUCCUUCGGCGUGGUGCCUCUCCUGACGAAAUGAGUCACCCUCCAGAAAACAAUGGAGACGACAAAGAAACGCCAUUGCACACUGCUGUGAAAAUGUUUGAUUAUACAUCCAUUAAACUGUUAAUGGAAUAUAGGCCUAACAUGAGUAUCAGAGAUGGAAGUAACAACACAGUUUUUCACAUAGCUGCGUCCAAGAAUAAUCUCAAAAUUUUACAAGAGCUGGUUGAAGAUGAAGAUUUUGAGAAGUAUAUUGAACUUGCAGAAAGUGAUGGAUAUACCAUUUUCCACGCAGCUCUUUCAGGUGGUGCUGGAGCUCAUAACGAGCCUUCAGUUCUAAAACUAAUUCGGUUUAUCUACAGGUAUCAUAAUAAUUUGGACCAACCUAACGUGUUUGGAGAAACACCACUUAUCAAAGCAUGCAGAUUGGGUCUCUCCAAAAUCGUAAAUUUUUUUCUGAAUAAUGGGGCUAAUCCCAGACAAGUUACUCACACUGGAGAGUCGGUGAUUCAUGCCGCCUGCUCAUCUGGGUGUGCUAAAACUCUUAACCAUUUACUUAGCACUAAACUUGUUGGAGACCUCAUUACUUCUCCGGACAGGAAUGGGAGUCCUCCUUUUCACUAUGCUGUAGAUAGUUCUUCACUUGAGUGUUGCAAAACUUUACUCGAGAACGGUGAACAUCUUACUGCUGUUUACAAAAACGGCAAAUCAAACUGUGCACUAGCCAUAGAACGACUUCCAUUUGCAAUGGAAUUCUUGAAAGCAUUAUUUGACUCUGGUAUCAUGCUGUCUGACAAAUCUGUACAUCACCAAAAUUUCAAGGUCACCUUUGAUUAUUCAGUGCUUAUGUGUUCUGGAAAAUUCCAGUGCUCUGUUAUCUCAGAACUGGUCGGCACUCCUUUAGAACCCCUCAUAAAACACCCCCUUCUUGACAGUUUCUUAAACAUCAGAUGGUAUCACAUAAGAAAAUUGUAUUACACGAAUGUUCUGUGGUUUUUCAUAUAUCUUUUAUUUCACACUUGCUUUAUCAUGAUAACAUUUGGUCCUGAACCUAAAGACUGGGAAGCUGAUCACACCUCACUGGUUCUUUACAAAACUUUUCAUGCAAUUUUCAUAAUUCUCAUAGCAGUGCCUGGAUGCCUUCUUUUGUUUGCUAACUUCAAGAAAUAUUUACUUCAACUGGAGACCUACACUAGAGUUACAUUUUUACUCAUCUCUGCUACCAUUGUAUUUUUGGUGAGUGGGAAAAUUGAAGACUAUGUGGAGAGAGGGGAUGAAAAUGAGACUGCACCCUCAACUGAAGGAAAAUGCGAUGAAGAUGAGACUACACUUUCAACAGCAAGAAUGCUUGCGAGUAUGUCAGUUGUUCUUGGGUGGGCAGAGCUUAUGAUGUUGUUGGGCCGAUUUCCUACCUUAGGUUCAUAUGUUCUAAUGUUCAGCAAAGUAGGAAAAUCAAUAAUCAAGUUUUUGUUGGCCUUUGUCAGUAUAUUAAUUGGAUUUUCUUUGGGAUUUCAUAUCAUCUAUCAAAAGCUAAACGUUUUUGGCGACUAUAAGAUCAGCUUUGUAAAAACACUAACGAUGAUGACAGGGGGACUACUUUAUAAGGAAUUUGUGGACACAAAAGGCUCCCCUGUUGGCGUCUAUUGCUUAAUAUUCUUGAGCAUGUUUUUAUUCAUGGUAACGAUUAUCAUGUCAAAUCUCCUCAUUGGCUUAGCAGUAAAUGACAUUCCAGAACUGAAAAGGCAAGGGAAAAUCCGGAGGCUGGUGAAACAGGCCUCCUAUCUCAUCGCCUUCGAGAAACUCCUUUCGAUCACAGGCAACAUUCGAGUUUUCCCGAAAAAGCUUUAUUCAUUCUUACAGUCCCAGUAUUGUGCUGAAUCCAGCCUUUCUGUUUUUCCCAACAAUGAGUUCAGAAAGCAUAGAUACUUUCAGACAGUGCCUGCAGCGGUGAUAAAAGAAGCCAUUGCUUUAGGCACCUGCGGAUCCAAAGAGGAUUUUCCAAUGGAUGAUGAUGCGGAUAUCGUUGACCAAUUGAAAUCAUUCCGCAUUAGAUAUUUUUCUGAUUAUAAAAAUCAGAAGAGCGAAUUCAGCGACAUUUCAAAAAUAUGUCUCAGUAUCCAGAAGCAGCUAGAUACUAUGAGGAACGCUACUGACAGUCAGAUAUCUAGGCUUUCCGCCCAGCUCGACAAGCAGAGUCAGAAUUAUCAGAAUGUGCUUAAUCACAUAACACAAAAAUCAAUCUUGAAUCCAUCAGAUAUCUAGCUAGCUUUCUAAGAGCAGCCAUCCGCAAUCAAGACAUAUUUUCACGAGCCAUUUCUACAUUAAUUGUUUCAAACCAUCUGGCUUCCCAUAAAAGAGAUUCUCGGCAAAUCACAAUUUUUGCAGAGCUUUUUGCUCAAUGAAAGGCAAAAAGAUUCAAGCGAUGAUUUAAAUUGUUCAAACAAAUUUCUAUAAUUUUAUAGAAGCGGUAGAAGCUUAGUAGCAAGAAAUGAAGUACCACUUUCUGUCCAUAUUUUCGCCAUCAUUGAGGUAAUAUCUAAUUUACUCUAAGGCAAAAUAGAUUUUUAACCAAAA